ACGCCGCUCUGCAGCGGGGCAUGGACCGGGGCGCCCGCGCCCUGCGCCCCGCCGAGCUCGCCACGCGCCCCGGAGCCCCCCGCGCCCCCUCGACCGCUCCCGGGGCCGGCGCUGGACCAGAGACCCCCCCACCCCGCUCUGCAUCCGCACGGUCGGCUGGCACCGUGCCCCACGCUGAGGACAGACCAGGUGGGCUGGCGCCACCCAUGGAAUCGCCCCUGGGGCUGCCAGUACGGGUGCCCGCACCCCUCGACUCACUCGGCCUCCAGUCCAGAACCAGGGACUGAAGCCGAGGAAGGAGACACCCGCUUAAGGAAGAAGAUCUGUGCUCUGGGAGGGGCGUGGGGUCUAGUGGUUAGCGCGGGGGGGCUGGACGCCAGGGCUCCUGGGUACUAUCUCUGGUUCCAGGAGGUUAUUGGAGUCUAGUGGUUAGAGCAGGGAACCCGGACUCCUGGGUUCUAUCCCCCACUGUGGGAGGUUAUUGGGGUCUAGUGGUUAGAGAGUUUUAGGACCCAGGACUCCUGGGUUCUAGAGACGAUCCCCUGUCUCCAGCCACAAGUGGGGAGGAGGGUGCUGGUGCAAGGAAGUCCCCGUUGUCUGGUUGGGUGGGUGGCCCCACCCCAUCCCCCUGUCAAGCUGGAGUCCCUGAAGCGCUGGAAUGAGGAGAGGGUGGUGUGGUGUGAGAAGGGGGUUCAGAUCCUCCUCACCACCGUCGGGGCCUUCGCAGCCUUCGGCCUCAUGACCAUCGCCAUUGGCACCGACUACUGGCUCUACGCCCGCGCCUUCAUCUGUAACACCACCAACAUCUCCAGUGAGGAGAUGCCCCACAAGGACAAGAAGGACCCAGGGGGCCUCACCCACUCUGGCCUCUGGAGGAUAUGCUGCCUGGAAGGCCUGAAGAGGGGUGUGUGCGUGAAAAUUAACCACUUCCCCGAGGACACAGAUUACGACCACGACAGCGCAGAGUAUCUCCUGCGUGUGGUCCGCGCCUCCAGCAUCUUCCCAAUCCUCAGCGCCAUCCUGCUGCUGCUGGGGGGGUUCUGCGUGGCUGCCAGCCGGGUCUACAAGUCCAAGCGCAACAUCAUCCUGGGUGCCGGAAUCCUAUUCGUCGCUGCUGGCCUCAGCAACAUCAUCGGGGUGAUUGUGUACAUCUCAGCCAACGCCGGGGACCCGGGCACCAAGCGGGACGACGAGAAGAAAAGCCACUACUCCUACGGCUGGUCCUUCUACUUCGGGGGCCUGUCCUUCAUCCUGGCCGAGAUGAUCGGGGUGCUGGCCGUCAACAUCUACAUCGAGAAGAACCGGGAGGCCCACUGCAAGAGCCGCACCGAGUUGCUGAAGAACCCCUCGUCCUCCUCCAACGCCAUCCUGCGCCUGCCCAGCUACCGCUUCCGCUACCGGCGCCGCUCCCGCUCCAGCUCCCGCUCCACCGAGCCCUCGCAGUCGCGGGACGCCUCGCCUGUGGGCCUCAAGGGCUUCCCCUCCACCGACAUCUCCAUGUACACCCUCUCGCGGGACCCCUCCAAGGCCAACGUCAGCAGCCUCUACGGGGCCGAGCGGGAGGGGGCCGGCGGGGGCUUCCUGCAGCUCCACAACACCUUCCCCAAGGACCCCGGCGUGACGGUGACGGUUACAGGGCCCGGCGCGGCCGGCGCCACCGGCACCCUUGGCAAGGACGCCUCCUCCAACACCAACACGCUCAAUCGGAAGACCACACCCGUGUAGGGGCAGCCGGGCGGGGGGCUGGCGGCGGGGGACCGGGCCGAGGGACGCGGCGGCCGUGGAGAGCCGCGGUGCAAGGCGGGACGGGAGAGCGUUAGGCUAAUGAAGGGGCAUUCUUAGCAAAGUGUCUUUCGAACCCUGUGUUCCUUCCCUCCUGCGUUCAGUUGUUUGUUCAGUCGUUUGUUCAUUUGUUCUCUUUUUAAUUUUAACUUUUACUAAUUCUUUCUUUCUUCCAUUCUAGUGCCAAUUUUCUUUCUUUCUUUCUUUCUUUCUUUCUUUCUUUCUUU